CUCUCCUCCCCGCCGCCUCCCGCCUCCUCUCCUCCCCAGCGCCUCCCGCCUCUCGAAGAAGCAGCAAACCCCGCCCGCGCCCAGAAGCCCAAGCCCGCCACCGAGCGGCAGUUCCAGGCAUUGCGGGGCGGCAGGGGGCUCAGCCUCAACCCGCUAACCCUAGCUACACCCCACACCGCCGCCGACUCCUUCUCCCGGCCUGCCGGUCCCCGCCAUCCGCGUCCACGGCGUCGUCGUCGUCGUCCUCGCAUGCACACGGCAAGAGGAGCACGGGAGAUGUGGCUGCGCUGCCGCCUCCGCCUCUGCUCGCCCUCGCGUUGUCGUGCCGUUUCCUCCUCCACGCCCCCUUGGUGCUCAUCAGGAAGAGCGCGGCUCGCAGUCGGCCCUCGCGAGGGAGUGCCAGACGCGCGCAGGAGGGAGUGGUGGACGCACGCAGGAGGGAGCGGUGGAGCAAGGUCUGCUGUUGUGGUCGUCGAUGUGGUCGUCAUUCACUCUGCCAAUCAUUCACUCUGCCAAUCUGCUGUUGUGGUCGUCGAUGUGCUAUUGUGGUCAUUGAUUUGCAGAUUCAUCUGCUAUUGCCGGUGCCUCCUUUGAUCUGACCUGGUGCCAUCGUCGCGGAGCUGGACAAGAUCAUGGUGUCCCCAAACUUUUUAGGCUGCUGCUCCUGUGUCCAUGGCGUCCCGGAGAAGCAAG